AUGGCCGACCUCCUGGACUCGCUCGACAGGCUGCCCAAGAUCCGCCAGUUCGAUGCGUUUCCCAAGACACAAUCCAUCUACACGCAGCGCUCGUCUCGCGGUGGUCUCCUUACCAUCAUCUCGACCGUCACGCUUCUGGCGCUGCUAUGGACCGAGCUCUCGUCGUACCUCUACGGCGAGCGCGCCUACUCGUUCCGUGUCGAUGAUCAGCUUCAAUCGUCGAUGCAGAUCAACCUGGACAUGACGGUCGCCAUGAAGUGCCACUACCUGACCAUCGAUGUUCGCGAUGCUGUUGGGGACCGAUUGCACGUUUCCGACUCGGAGUUCACCAAGGAUGGGACGACGUUUGACAUUGGACAUUCGAACCGACUCGAUGCGAUCCCUGUUCGGGAGGUUUCGGUGCAAAAGACCAUCAAUCAAGCACGCAAAAAGCCUUUGUACAGAAAGAAGCCUAAGAACCGCAAGUUCUCUCGUCAGAUCGCAUUCGCCAAGACGGCGCAUAUCGUCCCAGACGGUCCCGCCUGCCGCGUCUACGGCAGCAUGGAGGUCAAGAGAGUGACUGGCAACCUGCACCUCACCACCCUCGGCCACGGAUAUCUCAGCUUCGAACACACCGAUCACAAACUCAUGAACCUCAGUCACGUCAUCCACGAGUUCUCCUUCGGUCCUUACUUCCCAGAGAUCUCCCAACCGUUGGAUUCGUCCGUCGAAACGACGGAUAAGCACUUUACGGUCUUCCAAUACUUCGUCUCCGCUGUACCGACUCUGUUCAUAGACGCAAGGGGGAGGAAGUUGCACACGCACCAGUACAGCGUUACAGAUUAUACGAGACAGAUCGAACACGGAAAAGGCGUGCCGGGCAUCUUUAUCAAGUACGACAUCGAGCCGCUGCAGAUGACCAUCCGAGAACGGUCGACGGGGCUGGUGCAGUUCCUGGUGCGAUUGGCGGGGGUGUUGGGUGGUGUAUGGGUUUGUGUAGGGUACGCGUUCAGGGUGACGAACCGGAUGGCGUUGCUGGCGACCAGGGCGGGGGGCGAGAGGGAUAGCCCCGAAUCGUACGCCGCCAGCUACGGGUAUUCAAGACCGGGACUGGAGAAGAGCAACAGCUGGGUCAAGGCGAACGAUGCGGUGGACAAGCUGAAGGAUAAGUGGGCCGGAUUCGGUGGCGGGAUGGGGAGAAGCGGACAUAGGAAAGUGGACAGCGUGCAGCAGAGGAUCUUGUCAGAGGAGGGGAGAGCCUUUUGA